AUGCUGCGACCCCGGGCGAGAAGGGGCUGCGAUGAGCCAGCGCAGCCCUGCCCGUGCUGUACGAGCGCGUUGGCUCUGCCCGCAGGGGUGCGAGGGCGGCUCCGUGCCCGCUGCGCCUGCCCCGCCGAGGAGCCCAGCUGGCCCCGCGGGACCCUCGCUCCUGCCCCGCCGAGGAGCCCAGCUGGAGCCCACCUAGCUCCGUGGGAUACCCACUCCUGCCCCGCUGAGGAGCCCAGCUGGCCCCACGGGAUCCUUACUGCUGCCCUCGCGGGAUACUCACUCCUGCCCGGGUCGGGGCGCCCCCGCUCCCCCUCACUUCCUCUCCUCCUGCCGCCGCUGCUGCCGCAGCCUCACUGGGCGGCGCCGGGACGGCCCCGCCGAGCCACGCACCUGCCGCAGGUGAGGCGGGCGGGGCCCGAGCGAUUGCGAAGCGCCCGCUCCCCUUCCCGCCAGCGGCUCCUCCGCGGUCCCGGCACCGCCCGGUGCCAUCCCGUCCUGUCCCGUCCCGUCCCGUCCCCCACUUCUCGCUGUCCCGGGCACGUUCCACACUUCGCUCCUUUUCCCCCCUCAAAACAGGCAAGUCCGCAGCCGCCUAUAACAGCCAGUGCCGUAAAGCGAGGCGCGGGCGGCGCGACAGCCGCGAGGUCCUCGGAGCGAAGAUGGCGGCGGGGGAGUCGAAGAAACAUCUGUCGCUCUCCAAUAGCUGAAGCAGUUUUCAGAAAACUCGUAGCUGAUGAGAACCUUGAACGUAAGUGGAGGAUAGACAGUGCAGCAACAUCUGCCUAUGAAAUAGGAAGCCCUCCUGACUAUCGAGGACAGAAUUGCAUGAAGAAGCAUGGCAUUACCAUGAACCAUAUUGCCAGGCAGAUUACCAAAGAGGAUUUCCAGACCUUUGAUCAUAUACUUUGUAUGGAUGAGAGCAAUCUAAGAGAUUUGAACAGGAAAAGCAAUCAAGUUAAAGACUGCAAGGCCAAAAUUGAGCUACUUGGAACUUAUGAUCCACAGAAACAACUUAUUAUUGAAGAUCCGUACUAUGGGAACGAAAAGGACUUUGAAACUGUUUACGAGCAAUGUCUUAGAUGCUGUAAAGCAUUUUUGGAGAAGUAUCAUUAAUGCUUCAUCGUAUAAUUUCUAAAAGAAAAUAAUUAGUUUCUCCUGAAAUAUGUAAAGUUUACUUGAUUGAUGUAUUUAAAUUGUAAAAUUAUGCCACUACAUUCAAUACUUAGUUUAAUUUUGUAUUUUAGUUGUUUGGUUAUCUAAUGAAAAAAUAUAGAACAGUUUUAAUUGGAUUCUAUUAUAUCAACCAUUUUGUCACACAUCAAUGUAAUUAUAAAGUAUAUAAUUCAGGAUAAAUUUAUCUGUAAACUCUUCCAGUGCUUUCUCACAAGCACUGCAAAAGUAACGCCUUGCUUCUUUAUAUGUAGUGCUAACUGAACUGAGGUCUUGUCAUUCCAUCCUCAGUGAGUUGAUUUUAGUCAACUUUAAAUAGUAGUCUGUGAGAUAAUAAUUGAUGUGUAACUUAGAUGUGUCAUCGCAGUGUCAUUAGGCAGCCUUUGGAUGGAAGCUGUUCCAUGUGGAGUCUGCUAGACUAAAAGAUCUGCUGCUUGAUAGAACUGGCUGAGUCUUCCUUUGAUCCUCUGGUCAGUUCCUAGCACACUGACACAAGCACAUGUAACACAGCAUUUAUUUUGAGGAGAAAACAUGCCAGCUUAAAAGCUGAAAUGUGAAAUCACAUUUUGUAUCUCACAGUCUUAAAAUACUGGUCCAUGCAAACAAUGGAUGAGAAAUUUGCUGUAAUUCCAGUUCCUGCAUGAGGGUCAGACAGUAUUUCUAGAUUUACUCAAGAAAAUGUACAGCCUGUCAGAAGUGUUCUUUGAGAGCAUAGUUCAGUGUAAAAGACAGUCUGUCUGUAACACAGUACUAAGUUAGCAGAAAGCCAGUAAGUAGACAGUUUUGCUCUUGGGCAAAAUUCGAAUGCUUUGUAAGAGUCUAUGCCUGCUUUUCUGAACAUCACGCUUCCUGUCUGCCUUAGACGUGUAAAUGUUCUGAGAUCAGUAACGUAAGCGAUGCCAUGAUGAUUUUCCUGUUUUGAAUAUUCUCAGCAUUGGUAUGAACUAGCAUUACCACAAUAUCUGUAAAACUGGACCUAUAAAAUUUGUUUUCUUAUUUGGC